CGCAACUUCGCAAUUGCCACCACAACCCGCCAGGCAUCGGCCAACAGACUCUUCUGCAGUUGCUCCCAAAGAACGGCCUUUACAAUAUGUCAGGCAGGCCCACCCGUGUCGUCUUCGACGACUUGACCGAAACGCAACUCAUCGAUAUAUUCAAGGAAGUUGGGCCUGUUGUAUCGUUCCGGCUGGUGUUCGAUAGGGAUACGGGGAAGCCGAAGGGAUAUGGCUUCUGUACCUUCCAAGAUGCGGAGACGGCGGCGAGUGCGGUACGAAACCUCAACAAUUACGAUGUUAACGGGAGACAGUUGCGGAUAGACUUUGCCGAGAGCGAUAAGGAGGAUCCCGGACCUGGUGGAAACGGAGGCCCUGGACAAGGGCCGCAAUCCGCACCCCAAUCAUAUCAACAACAUCAACAACCGCCACCGCCACAGCAGCAGCAACUUCCCCAGCAGAUGUAUGGUCAACAAAACAUGAACACUCCCCCACAUAACACGCCGGUGCCCGCGCCCGUCGCCGCGGGGCCGCCAGCGACGGAUGUGAUCAAUAAGAUACUGGCGUCAUAUCCCCCGGAACAGAUGCUAGAGGUUCUUGCGCAGAUGAAGCUGCAUGUCCAAAGCAACCCUGACCAAGUUCAGGCAUUGCUCAUGGAAAACCCGCAACUCUCAUAUGCGCUAUUCCAGGCACUGCUUGUUAUGAAUGUUGUGGAUCCCGCUAUCAUGCAGCGCAUCCUGCAAACCCAAGCCAUCACCCCCCAAAUGCAAGGCGUGCCACCUCCCCAACAACUGGGCAUCCCACCAUCAAUACCACCCAUGAUGAACCCCGCGGCGUUCAUCCAGGGCCUGACGGCGGCCCCAAUACCACAGCAACAACCGCAACAGCAGUUUGGGAGACCAUUGGGUAUACCCGCUGGGCUGCCUGCGGGCUUGGGACUGCCGAACCAGCAACCGAUGGGUGGGGCGGGGCCGAUUGAUAUGGUACAAGAACAACAAAAGCAAGUCCUCCUACAACUCCUCAACCUUACGCCAGACCAACUGCAAGCCUUACCGGCCGAUCAGAGGGAGAAAAUCACGCUCCUGAGGACACAGAUUCUCGGCCCACAAUAGGUUAUCCCCGCCGUAGCCCCAUGGCUCUGGAGCGAAACAUAUCCGCGGCAACUAUAUGGCGCUGUUCCGUAGGUCGACGGUAUUGGGGUCCGCAGAGGGAGUAUAUUAGGUAGCACAUAUAGCCUGAAGCUUGUAUA